GGGGAGUGAGUGAGAGAGAGACAACAAGAGAGAGGGAGGCAGGGGGAGAAUAGAGAAGAGCAAGCAGCACUUAGCACUGCCAGCCGCGGUAGCUCAAUAUGGAGUAACCGCGUAGGCUCGACAACGACGGGAGUACAAAGAACAACCCGCUUUGGAUCGAAAUUACAUUAACAAGGAAUAAGGGAUCACCUCCAAUAAUGAGAUACAACAUUGCAUAUACACAAUCAACUUGAAGGGAAUAAAAUAGACUUUGCAGUUUCUAUUUAUUAUUGAAAAAUGGCGAACGAGUCUCCAGCUAAAAGUCUAGUUGAUAUAGACCUUGCCUCUUUGCGGGACCCAGCUGGUAUUUUCGAACUGGUGGAAGUGGUCGGCAAUGGCACGUAUGGACAAGUAUACAAGGGCCGACAUGUCAAGACAGGACAACUGGCGGCCAUCAAGGUCAUGGAUGUCACAGAGGAUGAAGAGGAGGAGAUUAAACUGGAGAUUAAUAUGCUGAAGAAGUACUCCCACCACAGAAACAUAGCCACCUAUUACGGAGCCUUCAUCAAGAAGAGCCCACCAGGACAUGACGACCAGCUAUGGCUGGUGAUGGAGUUCUGUGGUGCAGGCUCCAUCACAGACCUGGUGAAGAACACCAAGGGCAACACACUGAAGGAGGACUGGAUCGCCUACAUCUCCCGUGAGAUCCUCAGGGGGUUGGCUCACCUGCACGCCCACCAUGUGAUCCACCGUGACAUCAAGGGCCAGAACGUGCUGCUGACUGAGAACGCUGAGGUCAAACUGGUGGACUUUGGUGUGAGCGCCCAGCUGGACCGGACAGUGGGCCGGAGGAACACCUUCAUCGGGACACCCUAUUGGAUGGCGCCCGAGGUCAUUGCCUGCGACGAGAACCCAGACGCCACCUACGACUACAGAAGUGACUUGUGGUCCACUGGAAUCACAGCUAUAGAGAUGGCUGAGGGAGCUCCUCCGCUGUGCGAUAUGCAUCCAAUGAGAGCGCUCUUCCUCAUCCCCAGAAACCCUCCUCCUCGACUCAAGUCAAAGAAAUGGUCUAAGAAGUUUUGCAGCUUCAUUGAAGGCUCCCUGGUGAAGAACUACACCCAGCGGCCCCCCACCGAGCAGCUGCUGAAACACCCCUUCAUCAGGGACCAGCCCAACGAGAGGCAGGUCCGCAUCCAGCUCAAAGACCACAUCGACCGCACAAAGAAGAAGAGGGGGGAGAAAGAUGAUACAGAGUAUGAGUACAGUGGGAGUGAAGAAGAAGAGGAGGAAGCUCAGGAGCAGGAGGGGGAGCCCAGCUCCAUCGUGAACCAGCCAGGGGAAUCAACCCUGCGUAGGGACUUCAUCCGUCUGCAGCAGGAGAACAAGGAGCGCUCGGAGGCCUUGCGCAGACAGCAGCUCUUGCAGGAGCAGCAGCUCCGGGAGCAGGAGGAGUACAAGCGCCAACUACUGGCAGAGAGGCAGAAACGCAUCGAGCAGCAGAAAGAGCAAAGGAGGAGGCUGGAGGAGCAACAGCGUCGAGAGCGGGAGAUGAGGAGGCAGCAGGAGCGUGAGCAGCGGCGCCGCGAGCAGGAUGACAAGAGGCGUAUGGAGGAGGUUGAACGCCGGCGUAAAGAGGAGGAGGAGCGCAGGAGGGCAGAGGAGGAGAAGAGGAGGGCUGACCGUGAGCAGGAGUACAUCCGUCGCCAGUUGGAGGAGGAGCAGAGGCACCUGGAGAUCCUGCAGCAGCAGCUGCUCCACGAACAGGCCAUGUUACUGGUGAGACCAAACUCUGCCGAUGAGAGGUACCGUAAGAACAUCCAGGGUUCUCCUCAGGCUGCCCAGGUUAAGGUCCAGCCCCCAGUUCCUCCCCGCGCCGCCGAGACCGUUGCUAAUGGAAACGCCCCCGUGGCCGCCCCGCCCGCCAUGCACAGACCCAUGGAAGCCCAGGUCCAGUGGUCCCACCUGGCCGCUCUAAAGAGCAGCAUCGCCACUCCCCCUCUCGUCUCACGCUCUCAUUCCUUCAGUGAGCCCAUCGUCCCUGGCUUUGCACACCUCAACCUGCGCUCUCAGGAGCAACACCAUCAACCUGCACCAUCACCAUCAUCAUCAUCACCCGCACGCACUGACCUGCAGCCCCACCCCCAGCCUAGGGCCACUCCCCUCGAGAAGGCCCCCACAGACGACUCCCCUCCCAGGGUUCCUGUGAGGACAACGUCCAGGUCUCCAGUACUGUCACGCAGGGACUCCCCUUUCCAUGGCAAUGCCACGCCUAGCAACCCGGUGAGCCAGAGGAAAGCCAGCAGUGCUGCAGCGGAGCCGCGUCUGCUGUGGGAGCGGGUGGAGAAGCUGGUUCCCAGGCCAGGCAGUGGUAGUACUGGCAGUUCCUCUGGUUCCAGUAACUCCAGCUCUCACAGCGGCUCAGGGGAAAGAUUCAGAGCCCGCUCCUCAUCAAAGUCUGAGGGUUCUCCCCUUCAGCGCCCAGAGCAUGCUGGGAAAACCCCAGAGGAGAGGAAGGAAUUGGUCAGACCUAACCAACCGGUGGGGGAAGUGGACCUGACGGCACUGGCCAAAGAGCUCCGUGCAGUGGAGGACGUUCCACGCCCCCACAAGGUGACGGACUACUCCUCAUCCAGUGAAGAGUCGGGGACCACAGAUGAGGAUGAUGACGAAGAAGUGGACCAGGAGGGAGGGGAGGAGUCUACCUCAGGACCAGAGGACUCUCGGGCUGUCUCUUCGAGGCUGAGCAACGGUGAGACGGAAUCGGUGAAGACUAUGAUCGUUCACGAGGAGGGCGAGAGUGACGCUAAAACCACACCCUGUAAAGAUGGCACUCUGAUCGUCAGACCGAGUGCAGGUGACAGCAAAAAGCGACCUGUCUCCAGCCCUGGUCAAGGCCCUGUCCUUGGCUUUGUCCCCAGCCCCGGGCUGAUUCACCCUGCCCUCCAGGGCCACCCCGGUCUCCAAGGCCACCAGGAGAGAAAUGGCUUUGCAGGCCGCAUUCACCUCCUGCCUGACCUGAUCCAGCAGAGCCACCACUCCCCCUCCUCCUCUGCCUCCUCCUCCCCCUCCUCCUCCAGCCUGACCAGCCCCACCAUGUCAAUGUCCCCCCAGAGCCCCCUGGACAAGCUCAGCAUGAUACUGGAGAGCCAUUCUUCCAGCAACAGCAUGCAGAAACACAAGUCCUCCUCCUCCUUCACUCCCUUUAUUGAUCCACGCCUCCUCCAAGUCUCUCCAUCCGGCGCCGCUCUCAAUAACCUGGCAUUUGGGAACGACGCCAGGCUGGCGGAGGCACUGAGGGCGGACCCGUCACGUAAAGGCUCCGUGGUCAAUGUAAACCCUGUCAACACACGACCACAAAGCGACACCCCAGAGAUCCGCAAGUAUAAGAAGAGGUUUAACUCUGAGAUCCUGUGUGCUGCACUCUGGGGAGUGAACCUCCUGGUGGGGACAGAGAGUGGUCUGAUGCUGCUGGACCGUAGCGGUCAGGGGAAGGUCUACCCCCUAAUCAGCCGACGCCGCUUCCAACAGAUGGACGUCCUAGAGGGACUCAACGUCCUGGUCACUAUAUCAGGCAAGAAAAACAAGCUGCGUGUUUACUAUCUGUCCUGGCUGAGGAACAAGAUCCUGCACAACGACCCUGAGGUGGAGAAGAAACAGGGCUGGGUCACUGUGGGAGACCUGGAGGGCGCUGUGCACUACAAAGUUGUGAAAUACGAGAGGAUCAAGUUUUUGGUUCUGGCCCUGAAGAACUCGGUGGAGGUCUAUGCAUGGGCACCGAAGCCCUACCACAAGUUCAUGGCUUUCAAGUCGUUUGGUGACCUGGUGCACAAGCCCCUGCUGGUUGACCUGACGGUGGAGGAAGGUCAGAGAUUAAAGGUCAUCUAUGGCUCCAGUAACGGAUUUCAUGCCGUCGACGUGGACUCGGGGGCAGUCUACGACAUCUACCUGCCCACCCAUAUCCAGACCAGUAUCCAGUCCCAUGCCAUCAUCAUCCUGCCCAACACAGAUGGAAUUGAGCUGCUAGUGUGUUACGAGGACGAGGGUGUCUAUGUCAACACCUAUGGACGCAUCACCAAGGACGUGGUGCUGCAGUGGGGCGAGAUGCCCACUUCUGUGGCCUACAUCCGUUCUAACCAGAUCAUGGGCUGGGGGGAGAAGGCCAUAGAGAUCAGGUCUGUGGAGACCGGACACCUGGACGGGGUCUUCAUGCACAAGAGAGCCCAGAGACUCAAGUUCCUGUGUGAGAGGAAUGACAAGGUGUUCUUUGCCUCGGUGCGGUCCGGAGGAGCCAGCCAGGUGUACUUUAUGACCCUGGGGCGUACCUCUCUGCUCAGCUGGUAGAGAAAGACCAUGCCCCCUCUACACUGGAAACCAACCAACCGCGUUUUACCCAACGUUCAGUGAUGCCAAUGGACAAAAGCCAACCAUCUCCGUCUUAGCUACGACCUUCGACCCAGAGCGUCAUGUUAUAUUGAGGAUACAUACAACAUCCAGAUGCCGUCUCCCCAGCAGUGAAUACCAGAUAUGAGAAUUGUUAAAAAUUAAGUUAAUUGAUUAUAAAACAACAAAAAUAAAGGGGUGAACGGUUUGCCCCGCUGUGGUGCUCAACUGAUUGUGGACACGUCUGUGCGGGGUUGUUGCCCUGAACACCUGUGACCUCUGUGUGUGUCGUUCCUAGUUACUGACUGUGCUGUGGGCUUGAAGUUUACUAACUACUCUCUGCAUCUUCUGCUCGUAUUUCAGGAACCCCCCUCCACCCCACCCCUUUCCAUAGCGAGGGAGGAGCAGGGGUGGCGCAUACAGUGUUAAUGCUACAGUAGUGUAUGUAAACGUAUUUCUGUUUGGUACAAUGAUUGCUGACUGCAAGGGGGGGGGGGUUUGAAGCAUGGAGGAGGCAGGAAUAGAGAAGCCUAGCAAGAGAGCCCCAAUUUGUUCUAUGCCAUGAUAACAGAAGGUGGAAGGGGCCAAGGCGUUUUACCGUAAAUCUGGUAGUAUCUGAGAGGACUCGGCUGGACUGUGUGUUGAUAGAGUUAAGACAGCUACAGUAUUUUAAUGGGCAGGGUCAAAGAAAGGGAUUUUAUCCAGAUGGACUUCAGACUAGUAUUUUUUAUUAUAAAUUCCCUAAAAAAAGUGAAACUAUGUGGAGUUAAUAUUUCUUUUACCUUAUUUUCUAAAAUCACAUUUGCACAGUCUCCAGUUUGCUUUAUUUUAUUCCAACCCACAACACAUUGAAGUGUUUUAGGAGUUAGAGAGAGUGGGUGGGUUAGAUAAAGGAAACAAUGUCUAUGUAUAAUAAAAUGUAAUUUAAUCUCAUCCAUAGUUUCAAUGGUCAUGGUAGUGGAUCCCUCGGUGAUCCGGCUUGGACCAUCAGAGGGUCCAGGAUGGAGGACAUGGUCCUGAUGUGAAUAGACAGAUAUAAUAAAAGAGAGUGGAGGAGAAGGGUAAGGUGAUAGUAUUGUGUGUGUGUGUGUGUGUGUGUGUGUGUGUGUGUGUGUGUGUGUGUGUGUGUGUGUGUGUGUGUGUGUGUGUGUGUGUGUGUGUGUGUGUGUGUGUGUGUGUGUGUGUGUGUGUGUGUGUGUGUGUGUGGUUGUAAAGGGGCCAAUAGAUGAGAGAGGAGGGGUGUUGAUGUACGUUUUUGUAGCAGAAAAGUUACACAUGGUCAGCACAACUCAAUGGACUCCUAGUCAGUGGAUAGAACAAAACGGUGGUGUUUUAUUGUUCUUCUGAUAUUUCAGCUUUUUGUUUUUCAUUUGUAUCUUUUCAUGAAUGCAGUGCACUAAGUGUCAAGAAUGUAGAAAGAAGUAUACUGUGUGGUGGUCAAAGGCAUGAGACUUUUAUUUGUGUUCCUUGUCACAAGUGAUUGUGACAUGAUUUCGAUGUUCAGUUUCAAAGUAACACAAGUGAACACUAAAUGAUGGCGCCUCUAUUAAAGAUGUUGAUUUUCCUUUCACAAACUCAAUGUUUUAAAGUGCAUCAGCGCUGGAGAGGGAGCAGCUCUGAGUUGAGAUGUUGCUAGGCUAUAGUAGUUUUCUGUGGGGCCAGUAUGCUCACAGUAGCCUAAUCAACCUUAUUCACCAACAGGGCUUAGUCCUCAGUGUAACUGUAAACAACAUGACCACGCUUAGCUAAGUCGUCUUGAGCGCGGUACGUUUGUCCAUCUUGUGCAAUGUCAGCUUAUCAAUCAAUGGAAGGCAAUACAAUACAAAACAACUUGUUUGAAAUCAGAGGAGAGCAGUCUGGUCACCAGGAGCCAGAGCACAGGUGACCUGACCGUUGUGAUUCUACAGCUCUCGUCUGAAGGUGUUCAUGACGGAAACCCACUUUGGGCAGAAUCCUUUUUUUUCACUGUUAAAGGGUAUAGUCUGUACAGAUAUGUGAAGAAGACUAUUCAAUGAACUGCAAUAUCCCCUGCUACGGCUCUCCCACAACAGUGGACCUAACCUUCGUUCACCAUGGCGACAAACAACAACUUCAACAACAGGCUAUUAUCUUGGAGGAUUUUCCUAGUUUUCCCACAGAACACAACUGUGUUUUAAUGGUGGGGAUGGAUCAAAGCUAUUUCACCAAAGGGGACAGACUCUGUACACUGACUAUGUAUCUGACAGUGGGUCAAUGAUCUCUGAGUUGGGUCUUUCUCGUACUAACAGUCAUGUCAUUCUGUGUGUAGAGCUGUGGGAAAGGCAUUGCAAAUUACAUGUCACAGAAUUGUUUCACAAGCCAACUUCUUGUAAAAAGAAACCAGUUUGAAGAGCGAACCCCAAUGCUGUAUGUGUGUGUUUAAUAGCCUCCCAAUGCUGACCCACUAUGUCUUUCUGGUUGCAUCAAGGCCUUCAUGAGUGGCAUAAGUUACUUUAUUAAGAUUAUGGUUAUUGAUAUUCUUAUUAAUGGAAAACAUUUAAACAUUUUUGCAAUCUGAAAAGCAGUCGCUUGCUGAUUUAACGUUUUAAAAAAGUGCUAAGAUGGCAACAUUAAAUGUUUAAAAAAAAAAUUACAAAACCACUUCGUUGAUCUCACUUGAAGAAAUUUGUAUUCUUAAGUUUUAACUUGGUUAAGAAGCUUAAUAAUGGUUUCUGUAAGUUUAUGUACUCUGCAGUGGUUGAAUAUUAUAAUGCUCACGUUAGGUUGAGAAAAUUAAAAUGUUUACAGAGGCAAUGUUUUGUUACACUAAUGUGCAUCAUAAUAUUUAUGUUUGAUUCUGUUUUUUUUUUUUGGCUUGUUUUGUAUUGAACGUUAUUUUAGUCAAUAAUCCUAAAUGAUGCCAGUCUCUCUCAAAUAACCAACCCACAACACAAUAAAGAAUACACAUGCAAUAUUUAAUUUUCCAGAUGUUCCUGUAACAUUAAUCCAGCGUUGUGGGGACAUUGUAGUGAUGUACAGUCCGUUUCCUGCAGGCUUGGAUGUCAGUCAGGCUUGGGUGUUUUUCUCCAGUGUUUCUGCCAUGCUACUCUAAUUUAUGUCCUCUCUGUGUAUGACAGGAAGUCCUGUAUUUUCCUCAAGGUUUUUUUUCUUUGAAUAAACUAAAGUAAUUUAAAGACA